GAAUAAGCUUGCCGCCUAGGAGAAUACAUACGCUUAAAUAAACCACUUUAAUCACAGCAUCGUGAUAUACAUGUACUUAGUAAUGGUCCAAAUGUCGAAUGUUGGGCAAUCUAAAGCAAUUCUUGUAUUUAAACAGGAAGUUGACAGUGCGGAUUAAUAGGAUUUUUUUUUAGAUGUUUCAUGUAUAUAUCCGUUUAAUAAGUACGUAGACCAGGAAACAGACGGACUAUUAUGAUGUUUUGUUACAGCCUCACAUAUGUACUGAUCUCGUUUUAGUACAGAGGUUUAUUAAAAUACGGUGUGUUAAUAAUUAUAUGUAUCUGGUUAUAGUUAAAGAUUAUCGAUGGAUUCAGUUAUUGUGUCUGCUGUAAAAAUUUCUGUUCUCGGUUUCGUGAUAUUAUCCGCCGAAGCUUGGUUUUUCAAAAGACCGAAGGAAGUAAAUUACGGAACCUUGGGUAAUUUUUCAAUAGAUUACCCGUUCACUAACACGAAAGGUUUGUUUCCACGGUCACCUAACUACAUCGAUACCAAAUUUCUCCUCUUUACUCGAAACUCGACCGAGGGAUAUGAAGAGCUUGUUAUUACAGACAGACAGAAGAAAUGUGCGUGGAAAUCGUUCUGUAAACUGAAGCAAAUAAAGGUCAUAAUACAUGGGUAUAUGGACUUUGUAGACAGACCAUGGGUGGGCGAGAUGAUCAAAGCGCUGUUGAAACAU